CGUUCACAGCGCACGCCCACUGAGCAUUACGUAUGCGAGGCAACUGACCAACCGGGGGUUGCGCGGCAUCCAUCUAAGACCAAAUGCUACCAGUGGGCGGGAUUGAAACGCGCCAAUGCAGCGAGACGAGUGGUGCGAGUCCUCGUGCUCCAGCCCUGGCACCAUGGAUGAGGAGACAUGCGGCGAUGGGGACAAGGGAAGCGGCAUCGGUCACACGCCUUUUUCCGUCGACGAUAUCCUAGAUCCCGAUAAGUUUACUGGCUCCUCCCGGUACAGAAGCACGUGUUGGCCCACCAGGUCACCUGACUCUUUCGGCAGAAGCAGCAAGGAUGGAGUUAAAGUAAACAUCAAUGGUGCUGACUCUACAACAGAAGACCUCAUUGAAGGCAACUCGGUGUGUUCCAGAGAAGAACACCGAAACACUGGCAGCACUUUGUCUGAUAUCACUGCCUGCGGUGAUGAUAAACUUAGUGGCAAAUCUUCCACAGGGAGCAACAAGAAGAAAAAAUCUGGAGCAGAAAGCAGCAAAGCUGGCAAACCUCGUCGGGCACGAACUGCUUUCACUUAUGAACAGUUAGUAGCUUUGGAAAACAAAUUCAAGACAACCCGAUAUCUCUCAGUGUGCGAACGUCUUAAUUUGGCACUAUCCUUAAGAUUGACAGAGACUCAAGUCAAAAUAUGGUUUCAAAAUCGAAGAACUAAAUGGAAAAAACAAAACCCUGGAAUGGAUGCGAACAGUCCGACUAUACCCCCAUCACAGAGUUCGACACUAACUAGCACUUACGGUUCUACUUCAGGUUAUCCUACUACUGCUAGUAUAUUGUAUGGAAGUCAACUUCCUUACCUCCCAGCUGCACUACCUUAUCAAGUACUUCAGCCUUCUCACCCAUAUUUUCAUUCUUUAAGUCACUCAUGACGAUAAAAUAUAACGAAUCAUUAUCUAGUGAAUCGUUGUCAUAUAAUUGGUUUCAAGUACAACAGAAAGGCAGCACAUUCAAAUUUAUGAGCGCUAUCAUCGGCUGUUGAAAAGUUGAAGAUCUAAAUCACAUUAAGCAUUACUUUCUAUUUUGCUUCAUUGUGAACAAUUAACGUUCUGAUGGUUUGUAACCGCACGUAUACCAGCUGAACUAUCAAAUUUAUUUAUCACUUUCUUAGCAUGGAUUAUUUUGUCAGCUAGAAUUUCAAGUUUUAAAAUAUUUGAAUACACACACAUUGUUGAUACACAUUUUUAGUCAACAGUGUAUUGUAUGAUUUCAUUAAGCAUAUUUUGCAAAAUAACUCAUACGAAAAAUAAUAUAUUUUAGUAAAUUAAGGCGAAUAUUGAAAUAAUUGUAUUGUAAUCUAAAAAAAUUCAUAAAAUAUGCUUCAGUAUCCGGACA